GCUGCCGCGGUUCUCGGUGUCCGCCCGGCGAUGGGGGAGGCUGAGCCGGGACCGGGACCGGGGCCGGGGCCCGAGGAGGACGAGGCGGCGGCGGCAGCGCAGGGCGCAGCGAGGGGGAGCAGGACCGGACCCCGCGGAGGGAUCCGGGUACUGAAGAGAAACGUGAAGCGCAACGGGAGCAGGAGCUGCCUGAACCGGAGCCGGUUUGGGUCCCGGGAGAGGGACUGGCUGAAGAAGGAUGUCGGACGAGGCUGCGUUUAUGUUUAUGGCGGAGAUUCUGCAGCUGCGGCUUCAGACUUGCGCCUGGUCCUCUGCACGGUGGAGACUCCAGCGGCUGAGAUAUGCGGUGGGGAAGGCGACAGGAACCUCUUUCUGCAGCUUCAUGGAGACUUUGUCAGGCGGCUGGAGCCCACAGAAAAACCACUUCAGAUUGUGUAUGACUACUUGGCUGGGCUGGGUUUUGAUGAUCCUGUCAGAAUGCAGGAAGAGGCAGCAAACUCUGAUCUCAGCUGUAUGAUUCGCUUUUACAGUGAAAAGCCAUGUCAAGUGGAACAGUUAGAUCGUAUCUUGCUCUCUGGAGUAUAUAAUGUACGCAAAGGAAAAACCCAGUUGCACAAGUGGGCAGAGCGCUUGGUAAUCCUCUGUGGUACGUGCCUCAUUGUGUCCUCUGUGAAAGACAGCCAUGCUGGGAAGAUGCACAUCUUGCCCCUGGUUGGAGGGAAGGUUGAAGAGAUGAAGCGCCGGCAGUACACACUGGCUUUCACAUCUGCUGGAGCACAGGCUCAAACGUACCACGUUUCCUUUGAGACACUGGCAGAGUACCAGCGGUGGCACCGGCAGGCGUCCACGGUUGUGUCUAUGCGACUUAGCAUGGUUGAUCUUUCAUGCUACAGCCUUGAGGAAGUACCUGAGCACCUCUUCUACAGUCAAGACAUCAUCUACCUCAACCUGCGACACAAUUUUAUGAGAUCGAGUGGAGCAGGGAGCCUUGACUCUCUUUGCAGGUUUUCUCAGUUGAAGAGCCUGAACCUGUCUCAUAAUAGAUUGGGAGAGUUUCCUGUGUCACUAUGUGAGAUCUCUACUCUGACAGAGCUUAAUAUUUCCUGUAAUGGACUUCAUUCCUUGCCAAGCCAGAUUGGCAAACUGUUGAAUCUCCAGACCUUAUGGCUUGAUGGGAAUUUCCUCACAUCCUUACCGGAAGAGAUGGGAAGUCUGAAACAGCUCAGCUGUCUUGGGCUUUCCUUCAAUAACUUCUGUGAACUUCCAGCAACUUGUGAGAAGCUCAUCCUCAUAGACAAACUGGCGCUGGCAGGGAACAUGUUAGAGACCCUGGACCUGGCAGUGCUGAACCGUAUGAGUCACAUCAAAAGUGUGGACUUGAGGCUGAACAACCUGAAGAGAGCAGCAGCUGACACUCUGGAGGGGAACAAAUCUGUGACUUACAUGGAUUUACGAGACAAUAAGUUGACAGAUCUGGACCUGAGCUCCUUGGGCAACCUGGAGCAGCUGCACUGUGAGCGGAAUAAGCUGAAAGAGUUGACGCUGAGUGGCUUCUCCCUUCGGGCCCUCUAUGCCAACAGCAACUGUCUGACAGCUGUCAAUAUUUAUCGAGUUCCGGAUCAACUGACUUGUCUAGAACUCUCUCACAAUCAACUGCAGUAUGUCCCAGACUGGGCCUGUGAAGCAAAGAAACUGGAAGUUUUGGAUGUGAGCCACAACCUCCUUGUGGAGCUUCCACUGAGGAUCCUCAGCAGCUUGAGCCUUCGGAAGCUGAUGGUGGGACACAAUCGUCUGCAGAGCCUUCCACCUCUUGCAGAACAGAUUCCACUGGAGGUGCUGGACAUUCAGCACAACCUGUUGACUAAACUCCCAGAGACCCUCUUUGUCAAGGCUCUGAACCUCAGGUACCUGAAUGCAUCUGCAAACGGCCUGGAGUCCUUGCCUUCUGCGUGUGCAGGGGAGGAAAGUCUAAGCAUGCUGCAGCUGCUUUAUUUGACCAAUAAUAACCUCACAGAUCAGUGUAUUCCUAUCUUGGUGGGACACCCGAGCCUACGGAUCCUGCAUCUGGCAAACAACCACCUACAGACUUUCCCUGCAAGCAAACUUAGUAAGCUGGAACACUUGGAAGAGCUGAACCUGAGUGGCAACAAACUGAAAACAAUUCCAACAACAGUGGCAAACUGCAAGCUGCUUCACACACUUAUUGCACACUCUAAUGAAAUCAGCAUCUUUCCAGAGAUCCUGCAUUUGCCCCAUAUUCAGUUUGUGGACUUGAGCUGCAAUGAGUUAACUGAAAUACUAAUCCCUGAGGCACUGCCGGGUACCUUGCAAGAGUUGGACUUGAGUGGAAACACAAACCUGGUGCUAGAACACAAGACACUGGAUGUCUUCAGUCACAUUACCACGCUGAAGAUUGAUGCUAAGUCCUCCCUCACAGCAGACUCAGCACUCAGUUCCACCUUCUGGAGUCAUGGAGUAGCUGAGAUGGCAGGCCAAAGAAAUAAGCUGUGUGUGUCAUCCCUGGCUCUGGGGAGCUUUGCAGAGGGGAUGGAAGCUGUGUAUGGCAUGUUUGAUGGAGACAAGAAUGAGGAGCUGCCUCGCUUGUUGCAGUGCACCAUGGCCGAUGUGCUCCUGGAGGAGGUACAGCAGUCAGACACCAUGUUCAUGUCCAACACCUUCUUGGUCUCCCACAGGAAGCUGGGUAUGGCUGGGCAGAAGCUGGGAUCCUCUGCUGUCCUUUGCUAUAUUCGUCACGAUGUGGCUGAUCCAGCCAGCAACUUUUCUCUGACGGUAGCCAAUGUGGGGACUUGCCAAGCCAUUCUGUGCCGAAAUGGAAAACCACUGCCUCUCUCCAAAGUCUUCAGCCUUGAACAGUGCCCAGAAGAAGCCAAGAGAGUCAAGGAGCAAAAAGCCAUUAUAACAGAGGACAAUAAGGUCAAUGGUGUGACUUGCUGUACGCGGAUGCUGGGCUGCACGUAUUUGCAUCCUUGGAUCCUGCCCAAACCACACGUGAAUUCCAUUCUGCUGACUGUUCAAGAUGAGCUGCUAUUGAUAGGGAACAAAGCUCUCUGGGAACACCUCUCAUACACGGAGGCUGUCUCGGCCGUGCGCCACCUGCAUGACCCGCUAGCUGCUGCAAAGAAACUCUGCACUUUAGCCCAAAGCUAUGGUUGCCAAGACAAUGUAGGUGCAAUGGUGGUGUGUCUGAACAUCAGUGAGGACAGCUGCACAUGUGAGAUGCAUGGCCUCACACUGCCAGGUCCUGGGGGAUUUAGUUCUACCACCAAGCCAGCAACACCUUCAUCCAGCAGUGGAAUUGCCUCAGAGUUCAGCAGUGAACUGUCUGCUUCUGAGGUUAGCAGUGAGGUAGGCUCUACUGCUUCAGAUGAACACAAUGCUGUUAGUCUUGAUAGUGGUUUGCUACCACGGCAAGAGCGGCGUUGCAGUCUGCAUCCUGUGCCUCCCUCAAGCAUCUUCCAGCGCCAGCCUUCUAGUGCCACCUUCUCUAGCAACCAGUCUGACAAUGGUCUGGAUAGUGAUGAUGAGCAGCCUGUGGAAGGUGUGAUGACAAAUGGUAGUAAAGUGGAGGUAGAGGUUGACAUUCACUGCUGUAAAGGAAAGGGUCUGGAGUUUGAACCUCUUGCUGCAGAGUACAGCUCCUCUGCUCCAGGGCCAGAGGAUGACUCUGGGCUUGUCCUUGUCAUUCAGAGACAGAACAGUGUGAACACUGUGCAGAGAGGGGUAAGGGAGAAAUGUGAACUGCAAAAAUCUCUUUCCACAUGCUGUCUGUAUGGAAAGAAGCUUUCCAAUGGUUCCAUAGUGCCCUUGGAGGAGAGCCUAAACCUCAUAGAAGUAGCCACAGAGGCACCCAAGAAGAAGACAGGCUAUUUUGCUGCUCCAUCCCAGGUGGAGCCAGAAGAUCAAUUUGUGGUGCCACCUGAUCUGGAGGAGGAAGUGAAGGAACAAAUGAAGCAGCACCAGGAGAAUGGAGCAGAUCAGGAACAGAAAGAGGAACAUGCAGCAACUCUGCCAGAGGAGUUUGACACAGCUUUGUAAUCCUACAAGUACUGCUCCCACUCUGUCUGUCCCAGGUAGCCCUGUCCCACAGGGGCUGUCUUGACCUCCGAGGGGAGCUGGGAUCUGCAAGGAAUACAGGCAUCUGCUCCUUCCUUAAUGGAAGAACUGGGGUGUGCCAAGGUCUGGGCUGUUGUUUUUUCACUGUAGUGUCCUGGGUAUUCCAUGAGCACUCGGACCAGUAGCUCUGUGCUAGGGACCACCUGGGAUACAUGCAGGCACUAGAACGAAGGCAGAUGUUCCAACACCUGCCUUGUAACCCUUUGAACCCUGAGGUUCUGCCAGAUCUGCAGCUUAGGGGCUGGCGUGGGGGGUGAGGAGGCUGCUGAGGGGCAAUGUUCAGUGCUUGGAGUCCCAUUAAUUCUGAUGCAGCUCCCCACCCUCCCCAGCACCUGACUUUGUUAUUCCUUGAAAGAAUACAGCCAGUUGCAAUGCAGCUGACCCAAGAAUGGUUUCCUGCAAUAAUUGAAAGCACUUUUAUUGAUUGCACUUAAGCUGUUCUGCUCCCCUUCAGCCCAGCACUUUAUUACAUAGGGUCAGGGGAGAGAACAGUCCCCAGGAGGUGUGUAUGGGGCUUUUCUCAGUGGACAUCGUUAAGGCAGUGAAGGACUCAGGAUACCAGUGUUCUGAUCAGCACUGGUGCAGGUAGUGUGAAGCUCAUGAUGGGAUCAGGCUGUGUGGGAUGAGCUGAGUGCUGAGCAGGUGCCUGCUGAUGCAUCUCACAGGGACCACAGGGAGAUCAGCUCUUGGCUGGUUGAUUAACACACAGACCUGGUGCUCCUCUCUGUAAGCAGCAGCCCAGCCCAGCAGCAGCUUGGCCACCUCCUUAAUGGAUGCCUCCCAGUAGAGGCUUCCUUACCCAGAAAACAUGGGGUGAAAGCAGGAGCUCAUGCUUGUUUCAGUGGUACCGUGUCUAAGAGGACAUGCCGUUGUAAACGGUGGUGUGCUGCUCUAAGCCAGGGAGCAGUGAGGCUGCCCUUAUGCUGGGGAAGCAUUCAGUGCUCUGUUCCACCAAUACAAACUUCUGCAUUGUCAGCUACAGCAUCUUUGCUUGCCUCUGCAAUUGGAGUCAUACCCCAGAUCCACAGCAACCUGCAUUUCAUGGUACGUGUCCAGUUUGGCCACAGACAAAUUGCAAGCAUAGUUACUCCUGCUUAGCUUUCAAUGCAAAAGGGAAAAUAGAACUUUUCACCUUAGUAGCAUCUUUAUCAGCAUUGGAAAAGAUGUUUAAACAGUCCCUCUAGUGGCAAACAAGCCAGUCUGCAUUCGCAGAUACACUUUCAAUUAGGACUUUUGUUGCAGGCUGUGGGUUGCUGGCCUGUGUUGUCCCCUUUGUAAGGGCUGUGUGUAGACCCCUGCCCCUGGAGCAUGCAGAUCUGUCCUACUCUGGCAGAGCUGGGCAGCACCUACCCCGUCCUGCUGGCGGUGCAGUAAUCCUGCCUGAUGUGGGCUAGUGCCUUGUCUUCAUUAUUUUAUUUACGAAGAAAACUUGAAAGUUUCUUCUCAAGAGCUCUGAGAGGCUUGAGCUGCAUUUUCUUGAUCAAACUCAGGCCCUGCUCAGAAGGAGAUAACUGUGCAGACACUUGUGGGGAUUAGACUGACACUAAUGGAGUUUUACUGAGAUUUCACAGCACUUUGGAUUUCUUCUCACCAUGCAUGAGAGUGCAACAUUUCAGGAUAUACCUUGUGCUACUCACAGUGCAAUCAUGAAACAACCCAACCUUUUUGCAAGGUUUAAACUCUCACAGAUUUUCGCUGUUUAAAUGCCUGUUUUAUUUGGAAAUGAGAGAAAAGCUAAUUCUUAGACUCUCAGAAACAGCAGAAUUUGGGUCAGUUA